CAAAACACUAGCAAAUGGAGUUCAAUACUUCUUUUCUUUUGUGUUCAUUAUGAUAUGAUUUCUUUAACCUUUCUAUCAUGGAGGAUUGGAAAACGACAGAAGCACCCACAUUCGUAGUUUAUAAAUUUCAGAGCCACAGUUGAAGAAUCACCAAGUGGAACCCACUUUGCUCGUUGGCUUUGAAACAACUAAUGCUCGGUGGCUUCUUAAAUUUCCCGACCCCCACCUCCUGAUGGUCUCUGUUUUUCGCUACAUUAUAGCCCACCAUUUCGUCGCUGCAAUUAAUGCGAUUGCUUCUGAUGAAUCCCAUACUUGAGGAGACGGUUGAAAUGGUUAUUUUCAGAUGAUGAACUGAUCGAUCGGACUGAGCAGCGGAAAUGGGAGAAGAUGGACGAUCCUUGGCCGUUACCCCCACAUGGGCUUUCGCCACAGUGGUCACUCUCAUGGUUUCUCUUGGAUUCUUUUUCCAAGGCACGUUGAAACGGACCAAAAAGUGGUUGGAUAGGACGAAGAGAAAAUCGUUACUCGCUGCGUUGGAGAAGAUUAAAGAAGAGCUGAUGCUCUUUGGACUUCUUUCAUUGUUGAUGGGUCACUGGAUUGUUUUUGUUGCAAGAAUUUGUGUUAAGUCGUCUGUCUUGAGCAGCCGUUUCUAUCCUUGUGCUUUGGAGGUUGAUCUGAAACGAGUUAGACAUAUUUCUAUUGCAAGUGAAAACUUGAACAUUUCUGUUCCAAGGGAGCAUAAUAAUCCUGGGAUACGAGAGUAUUGUCCUGAGGGUCGUGAAUCGUUUGCUUCAUAUGAAAGUUUAGAGCAGCUUCAUCGAUUAAUAUUUGUUCUCGGUGUCACCCAUGUUUCGUAUAGCUUCAUUGCCAUUGCCCUGGCUAUGAUUAAGAUAUAUGGCUGGAGAGCGUGGGAAAAUGAGGCUAAGACUUUGGCCACUCGGAACGCACAAGAAUCUGCACAAGCAUCAUCAACUGGACCAAACAUAAGGCGACUAUCUACUUUUGUCUUUCACCAUACUUCUCAUCCAUGGAGUCAGCAUAGAGUUCUUGUUUGGCUGCUCUGUUUCAGCCGCCAGUUUUGGAGUUCUAUUAAUCGAGCUGAUUACAUGGCUUUGCGGCUGGGAUUUAUCAGUACUCAUGAACUUCCUAUAUCAUAUGACUUCCAUAAUUAUAUGCUUCGAAGCAUGGACGAUGAAUUUCGCGAUAUGGUUGGUAUAAGUGUGCCACUCUGGAUAUAUGCCAUUGCUUGCAUCUUCCUGAACUUCCAUGGAAGCAAUAUUUACUUUUGGCUUUCCUUUCUCCCUGCAAUUUUGAUUCUGCUAAUCGGGACAAAACUGCACCGGGUAGUGGUAAAGUUGGCUGUAGAAGUUGUGGAUACAUCUCCAAGGGGAUAUUAUCGUUUUAACUUAAGGGAUGAGCUGUUUUGGUUUGGGAAGCCUAAGCUUCUUUUAUGGUUGAUACAAUUUAUAUCCUUCCAGAAUGCUUUUGAGAUGGCUACAUUUAUUUGGUCCCUGUGGGAAAUUAAGGAACCUUCUUGUUUCAUGGAUAACGAAACAUACGUUGGUAUCCGAUUGGCCUUUGGGGUUAUCACUCAGUUUUGGUGUAGCUUCAUUACAUUCCCACUCUAUGUUAUAGUAACUCAGAUGGGAUCGAAGGUCAAGAAAUCACUUGUGUCGGAGAAUGUCCGAAAUUCGCUUCAUCAAUGGAAAAGAAGAGUGAAGGCAAGGCCGGGUGCUUCUUCCUCGGUUACACUUAUGGGUGCAACAUCACUUUCAUCCUCUGUUUGUACAAUGGAUGAUCACGGUCAGGUGAUCAACGACACUACCGUGAAUUGCUCGGAAGGAAGCACAUCAAAUGCUGCGCAAUGCACACAUUUCUCCCAGUUGCUUCAGCCAGCUUCGUCGGACGACACGGACAUACAAAUAUCUGUUAGUUCUAGUCCUCCUCACAUUACUUCCAACAACAGAAAUGAAGGCAAUGAGGAUCAUUGAGGGCAGUCAUCUAAAACAAAACUGCUCGAGUCUCUUUCCACUGUAUUAAGCCUACUUUUGAGCUUGUGUUCAUUGCAACUCAAAAAGAAAUUUGGCUCUGUUUUUCCUAGUGUUGAGAGGUUGGAACUUCUGGUUCAAUAUCAAGAAAUGUACCAAAAGGGACUCAUUUACAUAAAAAUAAGAAAGGCCUAUGGUGUGAAUUUAUUAUUGCAA